AUGCCAGGAUCAUCUCCAGAUUCAGACUCGACGACGGCUGUAGAUUCUAAGUCUCAUAACCGCGACGAAGAGGAUAGUCGUGGCAACACGCCGACCCACGAUCGAAUGCCAACAGCCUCUGCCUUUCACACCUUUAAGCUUGUCCCAAUGGCCCCGACAACGAACGCGCGCCCAUCUGCUCCGAUUCUUCCCCCUGCACCUGUAACGCCAGUAUCGCGUCCCCAAUCACAACCAGCCAUGAAUAAUCAACCCCAGAAUCAUGAGAAUCAAAACUCAACACCGACGACCGAGUCGCGAAUGAAUCCUCCUCCCCUCCCUCGAUCGCUGGUGACGCCGGUACGUGAGAUGCGCGAGGGAUCGCAGAUCUCGACGUCUGGCGGCAGUGCGCGCAAACCGCGACAGAAUCUCGAUGAGCGCGAUCAUAUUGCAAUGUUGAAGGCUUGCUUGGACCAAAAACACAACUUUAAGGAGGGUACCAAAGCUCAGUUCUGGACUGGUGUCAACCAAGCCUUUCAGAAUGACACGGGUAAGGUGCUCGCUCAGAUGAGUGCCACUGUUGGAAGAUUGGUCGAGGUUAGGAGGCGGCAAAUAUCUGAUUGGGAAAGUGGAAUAAUACCGAACAAGCCGGCUGGAGAACUGAAUGAGAAGCUCGACGCGUGGAUGGAAUUUUUGAAAAUAGAGGAUUCUGACGCAGAGGCCGAGAGGAUGAGACAAGUAGAUGCAAGAAGAAAGAUCGAGGAGCAAAGAAAGGAGGCACGAAGGCAAGCAAUCGCCGCAGAAACUCUCGCACAUGCCCAGAACAACACAGGAGUGAGAAUCGUUACUGGACCAGCACCUCCUCAAGAGAUUCAACCGCUACAUCAGCAACAACCACAGCAUAUACAACCACAUAUUCCACCAUCGCAACAGCAAGGUCCACCAUCACAUAGUGGUGAGGUGACGCCCCAUCCUCUACAGCAAAAUGGACAGCCAGAUAUGAAUGGGUACAGGCCGCAGAAGAGAAGACGGAUUAAUGAACGAGGCACGGCGCAAGAAUUACAGUCACAGAUCCACCAGGAACAGUGGCAAGCACAGCAGUACGCGUUAGCAAACCCGCCAGAACCUCCACGCAGAGUCGUGGUUGAAGGCGCAAUGACAAAAGAGGAUUGGAGGGAAGUCAUGGGCAACGAUGCGCGACUACGAACGCUCGAAACCAAAGUGGACCGCAUCGAAUUAUUACUUCAACAGAAUAACAAACUUCUCCAUCAGCUAGUCCAAAAUCAGAGCGCGAAUAAGGAUCGAGAUAGAAAUGUGGAGGAGGAAAGGGUACCGGUACAUCUAGAUGCCGAGUUUGAGCGAGAUUACCUGUGA